AGUUCAUGUUUAAAUGUAAAUUAAGUAUUCGUGUUAAAAAUAAAAAUUAUUUGAAAAAUGUCUGAAUUCGUUGAUGGGUGGAUUCUCGGAGAUAUAUUAGGAGAAGGGGCAUAUGGAGAAGUUCGUCUUGUUGUAAAUAAAUCGACUGGAGAAGCAGUUGCUAUGAAAAUGGUUGAUCUUGGUAAGCAUCCAGAUGCUCGUAAUACUGUAAGAAAAGAAACGACAAUUCAUAGAAUGCUUUCUAAUCCUUACAUUAUUCAAUAUUUUGGUCAACGUAGUGAAUCAAAUAUUGAAUAUAUUUUUUUGGAAUAUGCAUCUGGAGGAGAGCUUUUUGAUCGAAUAGAACCGGAUGUGGGUAUGCCGAUUGAAGAAGCACGAAAAUAUUUUCGACAACUUAUAAUUGCAGUUGAAUAUCUUCAUAGUCGAGGUGUUGCUCAUAGAGAUCUAAAACCUGAAAAUUUAUUGUUAGAUGCCAAUGAUAAUUUGAAAGUUUCUGAUUUUGGCUUAGCAACUGUAUAUCGAUUGCAUGGCAAAGAACGUUACUUGAAUAAAAAAUGUGGAACAUUACCGUACGUUGCUCCUGAAGUUCUUGAACGACCUUAUCAUGCUGAACCAGCAGAUAUUUGGUCAUGUGGUAUUAUAUUAAUAGCAUUAUUAGCAGGAGAAUUACCAUGGGAUCAAGCUUCAAAAAAUUGUUCAGAAUACUCUGCCUGGAAAAACAAUAGCUAUCAUUACUUAACUCCAUGGAAAAAAUUAGAUAGAUUAUCAUUGUUACUUUUAAAAAAGAUUUUAGUACAUGUACCAUCAGUUAGGUCUUCGUUAUACGAUAUAAAAAAGCAUGAUUGGUAUAAUACAGGAUUUUAUACAGAUGUAGAAUCAUGUAAUAAACCAGCUUUGGAAAAUACACAAUUAAAUAAUAUAAAAGAACAAGCCUUUUGUUUUUCACAACCAGAGUUACCACCUGUUGGAAUAAGUUUAACAAAUAUGAAAUUUGAAGAAAGAACGGGUUUAUCCUUUUCGCAACCCGCGUCUGUUGAGAAUCUCUUAGUUUCUAGUCAAUUACAAGCUAUUAAUACACAAGCAAGCCAGAAUACAUUUCAAAAUUUGGUUCGUCGAAUGACUCGUUGUUUUGCUUCUACAAGUUGUGAAGAUACUGUAAAAAUAAUAACACAAUGUUUAGUGAAGAAAAACUACCAUUAUCGUGUGAAUAACUUCGGAAUAAUCACAAUAUCAACUGUGGAUAAGAGAAAAAUGCCAUUGGUAUUUAAAAUUAAUAUUAUCGAUAUGGAUAAUAAAACCUUGAUAGAUUUUCGUCUGUCAAAAGGAUGUGGUAUUGAGUUUAAAAAGGAAUUCGUAAAAAUAAAAACUCUUCUUAAUCAUAUACUUUUAACGAGUAAUAAUAUAUAAAAUU